CUACAGGAUUCACUGAGUAGAAGUCCUACAAAUUCCAGUUGAAACGUGGGAAUCCUGCUUCUGACUUCCCACGCCACAGUUGUGGAGAACUUCGGUGAAGCAAGGAAUUUUCUGUAUUCAGCUGCCCAGGCAGAGGAGAAUGGGGUCUCCACAGCCUGAAGAAUGAAGACACGACAGAAUAAAGAUUCAAUGUCAAUGAGGAGUGGACGGAAGAAAGAGGCCCCUGGGCCCCGGGAAGAACUGAGAUCGAGGGGUCGGGCCUCCCCUGGAGGGGUCAGCACAUCCAGCAGUGAUGGCAAAGCUGAGAAGUCUAGGCAGACAGCCAAGAAAGCCCGAGUAGAGGAAGCCUCUACCCCAAAGGUCAGCAAGCAGGGCCGGAGUGAGGAGAUCUCAGAGAGUGAAAGCGAGGAGACCAGUGCACCAAAAAAGACUAAAACAGAGCAGGAUCUCCCUCGGCCACAGUCUCCCUCAGACCUGGACAGCUUAGAUGGGCGGAGCCUCAAUGAUGAUGGCAGCAGUGAUCCUAGGGAUAUUGACCAGGACAACCGUAGCACAUCCCCCAGCAUCUAUAGCCCUGGAAGCGUGGAGAAUGACUCCGACUCAUCUUCGGGCCUGUCCCAGGGCCCAGCUCGCCCCUACCAUCCACCUCCACUUUUUCCUCCCUCUCCUCCUCCAGCAGAUAGUAGUACCCCUCGACAGCCAGAGCCCAGCUUUGAACCCCAUCCUUCUGUAACCUCCACAGGAUAUGCUCCCAUGGAGCCCCCCACAUCUCGAAUGUUCCCGGCCCCUCCUGGGGCCCCUCCUCCUCACCCACAGCUCUACCCUGCAGGGGCUGGUGGAGGAGUUUUGUCUGGACCACCAGUCGGUCCCAAGGGGGGUGGGGCUACUUCUUCAGUAGGGACCCCUAGUGGGGGUAAGCAGCACCCACCUCCCACCACCCCUAUUACAAUAUCAAGCUCUGGGGCGGGUGGUGCUCCCCCAGCAAAGCCACCUACUACUCCAGUGGGUGGUGGGAACCUACCCUCUGCACCACCACCAGCCACUUUCCCCCAUGUGACACCAAACCUGCCUCCCCCACCUGCCCUGAGACCCCUCAACAAUGCAUCAGCCUCUCCUCCUGGGCUAGGUGCUCAGCCACUACCUGGGCAUCUGCCUUCUCCCCAUACUAUGGGGCAGGGUAUGGGGGGACUUCCCCCUGGCCCAGAGAAAGGCCCAACUCUGGCCCCUUCACCUCACCCUCUGCCCCCUGCUUCUUCCUCGGCCCCAGCCCCCCCAAUGCGGUAUCCUUAUUCAUCUUCUAAUAGCUCAGCAGGUGCCGCCUCUUCUAGUUCUUCCUCUUCCUCUGCCUCCCAGUACCCAGCUUCCCAGGCAUUACCUAGUUAUCCUCACUCCUUCCCUCCGCCAACAAAUAUUUCUGUCUCUAAUCAGCCACCCAAAUACACUCAGCCUUCUCUCCCAUCCCAGGCUGUGUGGAGCCAGGGUCCCCCACCACCUCCGCCCUAUGGCCGCCUCCUAGCCAACAACAAUGCCCAUCCGGGCCCUUUCCCUCCUUCUACUGGGGGCCAGUCCACUAACCACCCACCAACCCCAACACACCACCAUCACCACCAGCAACAGCAACAGCAGCAGCAACAUCAUGGAAAUUCUGGCCCCCCUCCACCUGGAGCAUAUGCCCACCCACUGGAGGGUAAUAGCCCUCAUCAUGGGCAUCCUUAUACCAUGUCUCCCUCCUUAGGUUCUCUGAGGCCCUACCCACCAGGGCCAGCACACAUGCCUCCACCUCACAGCCAGGUAUCCUACAGCCAAACAGGCCCCAGUGGCCCCCCAGCUUCUUCCUCCUCUUCUAACUCUUCCUCCUCUCAAGGGCCCUACCCAUGCUCACACCCCUCUCCUUCCCAGGGCCCCCAAGGAGCCUCCUACCCCUUCCCACCCGUGCCUCCGGUUACCACCUCCUCAGCUACCCUUUCCACGGUCAUUGCUACAGUGGCCUCCUCGCCAGCAAGCUACAAAACCACCUCCCCACCUGGGCCACCACCGUAUGGAAAGAGAGCCCCAUCCCCUGGGGCCUACAAGACCGCUACUCCACCGGGCUAUAAGCCAGGGUCACCCCCCUCGUUCCGAACAGGGACUCCACCAGGAUACAGGGGUGCCUCACCCCCCGCUGGCCCAGGGACCUUCAAGCCCGGUUCACCCACUGUGGGGCCUGGGCCACUACCGCCAGCAGGACCCUCGGGCAUGUCCUCUCUGCCCCCACCUCCUGCAGCCCCGGCGUCAGGGCCGCCCAUUAGCGCCACCCAGAUCAAACAAGAACCAGCUGAGGAGUUUGAGCCCCCUGAGAGCCCGGUGCCUCCAGCCCGCAGCCCCUCACCCCCUCCCAAAGUGGUAGAUGUGCCCAGCCAUGCCAGUCAGUCGGCCAGGUUCAACAAACACCUGGACCGCGGUUUUAAUUCGUGCGCGCGCAGCGACCUGUACUUUGUGCCGCUGGAGGGCUCCAAGCUGGCCAAGAAGCGGGCCGACCUGGUAGAGAAGGUGCGGCGCGAGGCCGAGCAGCGCGCGCGCGAAGAAAAGGAGCGGGAGCGCGAACGGGAGCGCGAGAAGGAGCGCGAACGCGAGAAGGAGCGCGAGCUGGAGCGCAGCGUGAAACUGGCUCAGGAGGGCCGUGCCCCGGUGGAAUGCCCAUCUCUGGGCCCAGUGCCCCAUCGCCCUCCAUUUGAGCCAGGGAGUGCUGUGGCUACAGUUCCCUCCUAUCUGGGUCCUGACACGCCAGCCCUCCGCACCCUCAGCGAAUAUGCCCGGCCUCAUGUCAUGUCUCCUGGCAAUCGCAACCACCCGUUCUAUGUGCCCCUGGAGGCAGUGGACCCGGGACUCCUGGGUUACAAUGUCCCAGCCCUGUACAGCAGUGACCCAGCUGCCCGGGAGAGGGAGCGGGAAGCCCGGGAGCGAGACCUUCGUGACCGCCUCAAGCCUGGCUUUGAGGUGAAGCCUAGUGAGCUAGAACCUCUACAUGGGUUCCCUGGGCCAGGCCUUGACCCCUUUCCCCGACAUGGAGGCCUGGCUCUGCAGUCUGGCCCACCCGGUUUGUACCCUUUUCCCUUUCAUCCGAGCCUGGUGCCCCUAGAAAGAGAACGUCUAGCGCUGGCAGCUGGGCCAGCCCUACGGCCUGAUAUGUCUUAUGCCGAACGGCUGGCAGCUGAGAGGCAGCAUGCAGAAAGGGUGGCAGCCCUGGGCAAUGACCCACUGGCCCGGCUGCAGAUGCUCAACGUGACCCCCCAUCACCACCAGCACUCCCACAUCCACUCGCACCUACACCUGCAUCAGCAGGAUGCCAUCCAUGCAGCCUCAGCCUCGGUGCAUCCUCUCAUUGACCCUCUGGCUUCAGGGUCUCACCUUACUCGAAUCCCCUAUCCAGCUGGGACUCUCCCUAACCCCCUUCUUCCUCAUCCUCUGCACGAGAACGAAGUUCUUCGUCACCAGCUCUUUGCUGCCCCCUACCGGGACCUGCCUGCCUCCCUCUCUGCCCCAAUGUCAGCAGCUCACCAGCUGCAGGCCAUGCACGCGCAGUCGGCCGAACUGCAGCGCCUGGCACUAGAACAGCAGCAGUGGCUGCAUGCCCAUCAUCCAUUGCACAGUGUGCCGCUGCCCGCCCAGGAGGACUACUACAGCCACCUGAAGAAGGAAAGCGACAAGCCGCUGUAGAACCUGCAACCAAGAGAGCACCCACGGCCCCUGCGUCUGGACCUUGGAAGACUCCUCCUGGCCUGUCACAGAGCCCAGGAGAGGAUACUGCUCAGUUGCAGGACCUCAGCAGCUGGGCAGCCAGGAAGAAGAUGGGACAGAGGCCAAGGCUGGUGUGGGGAGGCGGUGAGGGUGGGGCAGAAGCGCACAGUAUCUUGGACCAGGUCUCUUCCUUACCCCCUGCUUUUCUCUCACGAGCAGCCCUUGGUGGCCAGCCCCCUCUCCCCUACCCGUUGGUGUGAUUAUUUCAUCUGUUAGAUGUGGCUGUUUUGCGUAGCAUCGUGUGCCACCCUGGCCCCCCUUUCCCUGUGUGCGCGCCCCCUGCAAUGUAUGCCCCUACUCCUUUCCCACAUUAAUAAUUUAUAUAUAUAAAUAUCUAUAUGAUGCUCUUUAAAAAACAUCCCAACCAAAACCAAACAAAAACAUCCUCAUGACUCCCCAG